CACAGAUUACGGAUGAAAGCCAAAGCAAAGAACACGUGUUGAGCCUACAGCAUCCUGGUUAUAAUUUCUUGAAGUGAUCAUCAACGAUGGAGCAGGUGUUGGUUAAGACUCUGGAUGAGUUGACGAGUGACGAAAUGAAGAGAUUCCAGUGGCUCCUGAUAAAGCACCAGAGGCGUGGCUAUGAGCCCAUCAGUAAAAGCGAGUUGGAUCGCGACACAAGCAGGGAGAAUACCGUGGAGCUGAUGGUGAACAAAUACAGAGAGAAUGGGGCUCUGGGUGUUACAAUUAAUAUCCUGAAGGACAUGCACCAGAAUACACUUGCUGACAAGUUGAAGACAAAGGCAAACAUUCUCAAAGGAGCGGAUAGGAGCACUGCAAAGAAGAGCAUUGCUGUGAAGAGCAUUGCUGUGAAGAGCACUGCAAAGGAGAGCACUGCAAAGGAGAGCACUGCAAAGGAGAGCACUGCGGCAAAGAGCACUGCAAAGGAGAGCACUGCGGCAAAGAGCACUGCAAAGGAGAGCACUGCAAAGGAGAGCACUGCAAAGGAGAGCACUGCGGCAAAGAGCACUGCAAAGGAGAGCACUGCGGCAAAGAGCACUGCAAAGGAGAGCACUGGCAUUGUGCUGAAGAGACCUGCCAAGGAGAUACCAGCGGCAAAGGGCACUGCGGCGAAGAGCACUGCGGUGAAGAGCACUGCAAAGGAGAACACUGCGGCAAAGAGCACUGCAAAGAAGACCACUGCCACUGUGGCGAAGAGCACUGCAAAGGAGAGCACUGCGGCAAAGAGCACUGCAAAGAAGACCACUGCCGCUACGUUGAAGAGACCUGCAAAGGGGAGCAGUGAGGCGAAGAGACCUAAGCUGUUGUAGAUCAAUAGAAUGGGCCCAUAUGGCAUACUUUCUUUUAGACCGGUUUACAAUUAACAAUGAUAUUUCAUAGGAUUUCACUUUUCUUUUACAUACUGUAUUUUCUUAAGCUUUUCUCUGAAUUUUUGGCAUUUUACAACCAUGACAAGGAAAUAAAAAUUAUAAUUUUCAAGAAUUGGUAGUUAGACAUUUUCUCAUAUGCUCUUCAGAACAUAAAAUACGCAAUAAAAAAAUACUAACCGAUGUCAGCAAGGCUCGAUAAACAGGGCUGCCCGCUGGAAACCCUCCAGACCAGUCGAUCAUCCCCGUCAGUCGCCCGCUUGGGCCAGUGAAAAGUAUAUUGUAAUAAUGCUAUUUUUGAUCUAGGUUAUAUAAUUGAUUUAAAAAAACAGAUGGAUUCCCGAAGCUGUUUGUUCAUACAUCGAUUAUUUUUCACAUGUGCUGCACACAUAGACUAUAAUCUGUCGAGCAGAGAGAGAGCGCGCAGCUCUCAAACAACAAAAUUGUCAAAGGCUCCAGCUACCCAAAUCAUUGACUGUUUUCUCUGCUACCACACUGCAAGUCGUACCGUAUGGAGCCAGAUAGCUGCCAAAGGUUGAACGUAGGUAUCGUUAGGAUCGUAAGAAAAUCCAUACGGAAAUUGUUAGGAUCGUAAGAAAAGUCAUGCGUGAAACAUGAAACGUAACCGUUAAAUUAGAUCUGUAAACGUACAAAUGUUACGACUUUGAAUUAAUAUUUACACGUUCAAUUCUUACUUUACAUCUCCCUUUACUCGGUUACAGAUAUGUUUUAUACAUACAAGCUUUUGUCAGGAAUGUGUCAUCUGCAAAGGACAUGGACCGAACGUAGCUAGUCAAUCAAGCAUCUCUAGCCCAGACGUUAGAGGUGCUCUGCAGCUUCCGGGUUUCGUUUCCAAAAUAAAAGUCU